AUGACUGCAAUCGAUACCUCGCGCGCCGUGUUUGUAGCUCGAGCUAUCGUGAACUCGCACUGGCGACGCACUGCUGUCACGGCAAACCGCGCAGACAUGUCUCAACUAACAUUCGCUUUCUUUAGCGAGAGCUUCGACAGCAUCUACCUCGACCUUUCCAGGGAGAGCGGCAAAUGCAGAUUUGCCGAGACGGGCUUUGGAUGGAAGCCGUCCAAUGGAGGUGACACCUUCACCCUAGACCAGACCAACAUUGGUGGUGCGCAAUGGAGCCGGGCAGCCAAGGGGUAUGAAAUUCGGAUUUUGCAACGGAAUUCCGGCAUCAUUCAGCUCGAUGGCUUUCAACAGGAGGAUUACGACCGGCUUAGCAAGGUCUUCAAGAACUGGUACAGCACCGUUCUCGAAAACAAAGAGCAUGCGCUCCGUGGCUGGAAUUGGGGCAAGGCCGAGUUCGCCAAGGCUGAAUUGACCUUUAGUGUGCAAAACAAGCCGGCCUUUGAGCUUCCUUACUCGGAGAUUGGCAAUACCAACUUGGCUGGUCGCAACGAGGUCGCCGUCGAAAUGUCCCUGCCCCAGGACUCAAAUGACACAGGCACCAAUGGUCAGCUUGGUGGCGCUCGCGGCAAAGGCAAGAAGGCCGGUGGUGGCAGAGACCAGCUCGUGGAAAUGCGGUUUUAUAUUCCUGGCACUACCACUGCCAAGAAGGAAGCUGAUGGUGACGACGCCGAGGAGGAGGAAGCCGAGGAGAAGAAUGCCGCCACCCUCUUCUACGACACCCUCAUCGAGAAGGCUGAGAUUGGAGAGACUGCUGGCGAUACUAUCGCCACUUUCCUCGACGUGCUUCAUCUUACUCCGAGAGGUCGUUUCGAUAUCGACAUGUAUGAAGCUUCAUUCCGACUCCGCGGAAAGACGUACGAUUAUAAGAUCCAAUACGAGGCUAUCAAGAAAUUCAUGGUUCUUCCCAAGCCUGACGAGAUGCACUGCAUGCUGUGUAUCGGCUUAGACCCUCCACUACGUCAGGGUCAGACACGAUACCCAUUUGUUGUCAUGCAAUUCAAGAAGGACGAGGAGGUUACCAUUGACUUGAACCUCGAGGAGUCAGAAUUGCAAUCCAAGUACAAAGACAAGCUGGAGCCGCACUACGAGGAGCCAUUGCACCACGUUGUUGCCAAGAUCUUCCGUGGUCUGGCCAAUAAGAAGAUUUCAUCACCAGCCAAAGACUUUAUCACUCACCGAAGUCAGUACGGUAUCAAGUGCUCCAUUAAAGCCAGCGAGGGAUUCCUGUAUUGCCUGGAAAAGGCCUUCAUGUUCGUGCCCAAGCCGGCCACGUACAUUGCCUACGAACAAACACAAUCCGUUACGUUCUCCCGAGUGGGUGGUGCCGUCUCCACCCUAUCUACCUUUGAUAUCACCGUUGUGAUGAAGAAUGGCGCCGGGUCGUCGCAGUUCAGCAACAUUAACAGAGAAGACCUCAAGGCUCUGGAGACAUUCUUCAAGCUCAAGGGUCUGCGUGUCAAGAAUGAAAUCGAUGAAGAUGCCAACAUGCUUGCCGCCGCCCUCCGCGAACAGGACAUGGACGACUCAGACGAUGAAGUUGUCGCCAACAAGGCGGACCGUGGCUCAGCCGAUGAGGAUGAAGAAAGCGUGGAUGAAGAUUUCCAGGCUGACAGUGACAGUGAUGUGGCUGAGGAGUAUGAUAGUGCACAUGAGAGCUCAGGCUCUGGCAGUGCUGAGAGCGAUGUUGAUGCCGAUGAAGCGGAUGAAGACGAGGACGAGGAAGCCGAGGCGGAACGCCCCAAAAAGAAGAAGAAGACUGGUUAG